AUGUGUUGGUCGGAGAAGGACUGGAUAAACGAGGUGUACGACACGCUGUCCCUGAGGAACAAUCAGUACGUCAACCACUUCAGGAACUACUACGAGCUGACGCGGAAGGACCUGCUGGCGAAAAACAUGAAGAAGCUGAAGAAGCAAAAUGAGAAGAUGAAAAAUGAGGAAGAGCUAAAACUGAUUGACAUAACCCCAGUCACGUUCGUCCUUCCACUUGAGUACAAGCUGUUCCUCGAGGAAUACAAGCGAAGGAGCAAUCGCACGUGGAUUAUGAAGCCGAUUGGAAAAUCCCAGGGCAAGGGGAUCUUCCUGUUUAAGAAAAUAUCGCAGAUAAAAAGUUGGAGUGUCGGCCGGCAGAGGGAAAAGGUAGCAGAAGUGGGCCGGUCCCCCGAACGGGGAAGAGAUGUGGACCGAAAUAAAGCAGCGGAAGUGGGAAGAACCCCCGAACGGGGAAGAGAUGCGGACCGAAAUAAAGCAGCAGAAGUGGGACGAACCACCGAUCUGGGAAAAGACGCUCACCGAAGCAAAGGAGUAGAAGUGGACAAGCCGCCAGAAGGAGACAAGGAGGCAGAGCGACCAGAGCAGUACAUCGUGCAAGAGUACAUCCCGAACCCUCUCCUCAUCGGCGGGAAAAAAUUUGACAUUCGCCUGUACGUCCUCAUCGUGUCCUACUCCCCCUUGACCAUAUACCUCUACAGAAGUGGCUUCGCAAGAUUUUCACACACAUAUUUUAAAAACGAAAAAAAUAACAUGACGGACAUUACAAUGCACUUAACUAAUGUCUCCAUACAAAAAAAUGCACAGGGAUACGACGACAAUGUGGGAGGCAAAUGGUUUAUAAGAGAAUUGUUUCUCUACAUGAUCAGUCGUUAUGGUUGUGCUAGAAUAAUGAAAUUAAUUAGCGACAUUGAAAAUUGUAUUAUUCAGUCCUUCUUAGCAGUUCACAAAAUUAUAAUAAACGACAAACACUGUUUUGAGCUAUAUGGAUUCGACAUUCUAAUUGAUAAUAAUUUAAAACCAUGGCUCAUUGAGGUCAACUCCUCUCCUUCACUCUCGGCCAACACCAAGGAAGACUACACACUUAAGUUUAAUAUGCUAGAUGAGCUCAUGUCUUUAAUGAACUUGGAAAUGUACAAUUUACCCGAGACUGACCGAGUUGGAGAUUUUGACUGCAUCUACAGGAAGGGCAACCGGGUUGUCCUUUCCCAUCCCUACAACUUUUUUUCUCACUUGGGGGCGCAGCUCUCCGGAACGGAAAAUUUGAAGCAAAUGGCAAAGGACAUCAAACGGGGCAUGGACGCACAAGGGGGCCCAGAAAAAGGAGGCACAACAUGA